UUCUUCCACAGAUGGACUUGGCGACCGUACCACCGGAGCUUGAAGAGCUCCUCAUCUGCAGCUGCUGCCAUCUGCCCUUCAACGAUAACGAUGCCCUGCCCAAGCUGUUCACGUGUCGCCACUACUUCUGCCUCAAAUGUGUCAAUUCAUUGCUGCGCGAAGGUAGCGAUGAACUCUAUUGCGUACACUGUUGGAAACGCACCGAACUGCAAGGACCCGAGCCACGCACCGAUAGUCUCCCCACCUACAAUGCGAUUUUGUAUCUCACCCAAAAUUUGACUUCGCUCUGCUUGAAAAUGAAAGCCGGCGAACGUGACCGCCAGCAACGUUCCUCGUCGAUUGCUUCGAAUGGUUCAACUGGUGCGCUCAGCGGGAGUGGCGCACUAAAUAGUAACACUAACAACAACGACGGCAGUAAUGGCAAUCUGAGUAGUAUUGGUGUUGCCAGCAACAAUAAUGUAGACAAAUUGAAAAUGACCGAAAAUUGCAUGACACAUGCCAUGCCGAAUACAUUGUGGUGCAGUGUUUGUAAUAUUUUGCUUUGUCGCGCCUGUGCCGCCACCGAAGAGCAUCGUUCGCAUUUGGUCAAGAAUAAAAUCGAAGCUAAAGAAUCACUACAUACCGACAUAUCAAACGAACUGCUCGGCAUGCAGAAGACGCUCAACGAUGUGCAACAUCUGGUAUUGAAGCAACGCGAUUUUCUGCUCAAAAUAUUAGAAAGUUGCACUACGCUCAAGACGCAAAUUGAAUCGGAGUUAAUUAAUCACAUACCCACCCUAGAAAUUUCGGAAAUACGUGAAAAUUUAUGCAAGGCUCGAAUAUGCCUCGAAAUGCUGGACAAGCAAACGCCCGCCGAGGCAAUGAAACUAUAUACGACGCUGCAUGGCGAGAAGCAGCGCCUCAUGGCCAAGUAUCAAGAAAUGUUCCUACAAUGCAAGCUCGACGAUAUGAUACGCAAUUGCGGUUAUGUUUUCGAUUUUGAUCUGAUCAAACAGGCGCUCGUGCAAAUGCAUAAUUGUGUACUCAACGGCGGCAAUUUGGAUAAUUUUGGUGUGGGCUCAGUGAUUGGCGGUUUGAAUGGCAUUACUGGUAGCCAUCAGAAUCCUAUUUUACUCUUGGCCAACUACUGCAUUUCUCAAUUGUACUCGCGACACAUGUUGCUGCUCAAGCAGCAACAGCAACAACAACAGCAUGCACAACAACAACAACAACAGCAACAGCAGCACCAGCAGCAACAGCAACAGCAAAAUUUGCUUACCAACGGCCUGCUCACGUCCAUGAUAUCGCAAGUAAGCCUCGCCACGUCUAUCAAUGGCAAUCUAACCAGCUCGAAUGCCAAUUUUACACACGCCACAUACGCACAGGCGCUGCAACAGAAUCAACCGUCGAGCAACAGUGCAGCGCAGCAACAGCAGCAAGCCAACAAUCCGUCGUCGCCCGUACACAAGACAUACGCCGACAUCAUUGCACUCUCCAACAAAUCCACUUCGAGCUUGCAAUCUGCUGCCCAGCAGCAGCAGCAGCAACAACAAUUGCUGCAACAACAACAACAAUCAACGGGCAGUAACUACACAGAAAUCGCUCCAAUCGGCACACCGGCCACAACCACAGCCACAUCGGUAGUUGUUGGCGCACAGCGUAGCAGCACCGCUUCACAUCUCUUUUCCAGCAAUGACCUCAACGGAUUAGGUUUAAGCCUCUUGCAUUUGCAGCAACAACAAACUGCUUCCAAUUCGCAGCAACAACAAACGAAAUCAACAUUGUUACUCAAUCCCAGCGUACACGUCUACCCGAUUUACUAUUUUAAUAUCGAAAUUAAUGGGCAACAUUCGGGACGCAUACUCAUAGAGGUGCGCAGCGAUGUGGCGCCAAAAAUGGCUAAGAAUUUCAAUGCACUCGCCACGCAAGAGCUCGGCUAUGGCUAUAAGGGUUGUCACAUAUUUCAAUGCUGGGAAAAUGAAAGUAUUAUUACCGGUGAUUUUGAAUUGAACAAUGGGCGUGGCGGACGUUCGGUAUACGAUGAGGGCUUCUUCAUGCCAGACGAUACCAAAAUACUAGCCAUACGCGGUUCGGUUGGCAUGCGACGCAGUCAAAAGCGUCAUGAUAAUCUAGGACUUGUAGGUUCACAGUUCCGUAUAAUUUUAAGAGAGAUGCGUGGUUUUACGGGCAUUUUCGCUUUUGUGGUGGAGGGUUUGGAUUUGGUGGAGAAGAUAUCACAAACGGGUGAUGCGACUGGCAAGCCGCAGAGUAGUGUCGUUAUUGUUAGUUGCGGCAAGUAUCAGUUGGGUUAGGCGUAUAGCUUUUAAGAAAUUCGAUAGCAGAAUAAGCCGAAAAGUAUACAAUUUUGGUAAGCGAACGUUUGCGAUUUUUUUUUAUUUAUGAAAGUAUAAGGUUUUAAUACGAGUUUUAGUUUAGAACGAUAAAAGGACGGUGUUUGCAUAUUUCAGAAACACGAAGUUAUUGCAGGGAGUGUGUGCGUGUGUAAGCCGAACGCCAUAUUAUUACAGCGAAAUAUUGAUAUUUUCUUUCAUAAGCAAUCGUUUACAGUGGGUGCCAUCAAAACAUUGGAUCUCAAGCAUAAAUAAAAAGUGAGCUUUUCGCAAUAAAGGCUGUACCGAAGUGCACUUUUUUUGCACAGCUGAAGCGCAGAUAUUUAGAGGCGAAGUAUAGUUCAGUCAGUCAGCUAAUUUUAUCCAACAAAAAUAAAAUUUUGUUUAAUUUCUAUUGUUCGCCUUUUUUAUUUUUGGUGGUUGAAUACUUUUGUGCCACCACUUUGAGAACAUUUGAGGAAUUCAGACUUAAAUUAUGAAAGUAGCAACUUCACGAGUUAUAUUCACAAAAUUACGGUCAAUGGAGAUAACUUGCAAACGAAAAUAGUUUGAGAGAAGCUAGCACAGAAAAUGUUGAGGCUUUAGGAUUAGUUACACCUCCCAUCACAGCGGUAAAUGGAGUGUCCAUUGUAAGAGAGCUUGCGCAAUUCGAGAUGAAGAAUAAUCUUCCUUUUCGAAUUUUUUUUUCUAAUAUUGCUAAGGAAAUGUUUAUCGAAAUCGUUAGACGGCUCGAAAAUAAAACUAUGAAUCACAUUUUUCUUGUAAUUCCGUUUUUUUGUUUUAAGGAUAUGAUUACGAAAUAUUGUUGCAUGAAAACUCAAAACAGGAACAAUAAGAAAAAUAAUAUAUAUAAACUAUAUAUAACUACAAACAUACAAAGUUUCAUUUAAAACUAUUUUGAAAACAAAAACAACAACAAAAACAACCGAAAUGACUUAAAUAAUUUGUCACCGAAACAAACAUACAAGAACAAAGUGAAAACAUCUAGGGAAUUUCUACUCAUGGAGUAGUAAGCGUCAUUUUAGAACUUUUGUAGAGCGAUGAAUAAAAAACCAAAAACAAAAAUCAAGAAAACUAUACGAUGAAUAUAGUUAAAAUACGGAAAUACUACGAAAAUCUUCUAUAAUUACUUACAUGCAUAUUAGGGUGGUGCUUAAAAAUCAACAUAAUGGUGCAGCACUUGGAACAAAUAUAAGAAAAUUGCAAAAUUUAAAAAAAUUUGGGCACACUACCCGGGUUUGCAAAAUUGAAAUUAUUUUAAAUCGAAAAAUUCGGCAGCGAUAUUUUGAAUUUGUAUGAUUAAAUUUGAAUACGCUGAGCUAUAGUUGGUCAAAUUGCAAGUUUUGUCAAAUUUUUGCGUGUAGGAAAAAUUAAAAAUUCUUUUAAAAAAUUUUUUUUUUUAAUUUUGAAAUUUUCAUUUUAUUUUGUACAAAGAAUAAAAUAAAGCUGUGCCCGAAACAAAAUUUAGAGGUUGAUAUUUUUAAGGACCACCCUAAUGCAUAUACAUA